UGCCUUUCCAUAGAAUAAGCCAAACGCCACUAGUUGAGUUGCAAUUUUACUUUUACUACUUUAAUAAAUCAAACAAAGAGUUUUAUUUACGAGUGUGCUCGACUUAAUGGACUGACGCUAUUCAGCAAGAGGCAUUAACCAUCGGAUCCACAGUUUUUACAUUUAGCAUGAACCAUGAUUUAUGAUUCACGUAUCUCAAUUGUGAUAUCAAAAUAUUUAUUGACCUUUUUGGAAGAAAUUACAAAAUAAAAAGUAUAUUUAACCAGCAAUUGCUUGAAAUCGGACAUGUCAUGUAUAUAGACAAUUUUUUGUUGCCCAGCUUGAUGAGUAAUUCAAGCAAAAUCCAUUAAAAAAGGGGAAAGAACACUGGAACACUGCAAACCUUCUUUGUGAUUUUUAAUUACUUGGUAAUAGCUUGCGUUAUAGCCAAGGGAUGGACUUGAGGACGGACGCGACUUUGUCGCCAUUGAAUCGGGAAAAGGAUUUGUGUUAAAAUUCCUGUGUAUGCCUUUCCAAUUUGCGAUGGAUAAAAUUUCUUCCAUUUUACGCAUCAUUACAUUGAUAUUUUACCACGUCAAUUCUCUUUUAGUAGCAUGACCAUCAUUGAAGAGAAAUCACCAGUUUGAGGAAACAGAAAAGAUGGCUUUUUUCCUUAGGAUCCUCAAAGCAUGAAAAGAAUGCCCAAAUUAAUUAAAGUUUAUGUGCAUUACCAAUCAAACCUCAGGGAACUCCCAGCAUGUACUUGUCAGAGUUUCUAUACAUACAUAAUCAAAUGCACAUGCAUAACAUCAUAUGGGUUGUAGCCUUUCCGCAUUCGGAUUCGGUCCUCAGGUGGAGAGCAAUUUCCGAUCCGUACAAGAGUUUCGUGUUCUACUAGGAGAUGAAACCAAUUACCGCUCGAUCUAUCAGAGCCACAGAACAUGCGAACAGAUAGAAUGAACCAAGGACUGGCAACCUUAGCAUUCUUCGGAGUCGGGGUAAACCUGGUGCUGUUCCUGACGAGGGUGCUUGGCCAGAACAAUGCUGAUGCUGCUAAUAGUGUGAGCAAGUGGACGGGAACGGUUUACAUCUUCUCUCUAGUCGGCGCGUUUUUGAGUGAUUCCUACUGGGGAAGAUACAAGACUUGUGCUAUUUUCCAAGUCAUCUUUGUCAUAGGAUUGGUGUCCUUGUCACUUUCAUCGUACAUGUUCUUGAUCCGACCACGAGGCUGCGGGGACGAGCAGACUCCGUGCGGUUCCCACUCGAGCCUUGAAGUCGGGAUGUUCUACCUCUCCAGCUAUCUCGUUGCUCUAGGCAAUGGGGGUUACCAACCCAACAUUGCCACCUUCGGAGCAGACCAGUUCGACGAGGAAGACCCCAGGGAAGGUCACUCGAAGGUGGCCUUUUUCAGCUACUUCUACCUGUCGCUGAACCUCGGGUCCCUAUUCUCAAACACCAUACUGAGCUACUUCGAGGACGAAGGGAUGUGGGCCCUCGGGUUCUGGGUCUCUGCCGGAUCUGCAUUCGCAGCCCUGGUCCUCUUCCUUAUGGGGAGUACUCGGUAUCGGCACUUUAGGCCGAGUGGGAACCCGAUUGCUCGAUUUUGCCAAGUGCUUGUUGCUGCAACAAAGAAGUGGAGAGUUCAAAUGCCAGAAGGCGGGAAGGGCUUGUACGCCGAAGACAGCAAGGACUGCCCUCCUAAUGGCAGCCGAAAGAUGCUCCACACCCACGGGUUCAAGUUCCUGGAUAGAGCGGCCUAUAUUACAUCAAGGGAUUUACAGGACCAGAAACAGGGCAGUUCGAGCCUGUGGUUGAUCUGCCCGAUUAGCCAAGUUGAAGAAGUCAAGUGCAUUCUCAGAUUGCUCCCUAUCUGGCUCUGCACGAUCAUAUACUCAGUCGUGUUCACGCAGAUGGCCUCCCUCUUCGUGGAGCAAGGUGCCGCCAUGAAAACAACCAUCUCCAACUUCCGGAUCCCCCCAGCGAGUAUGUCUAGCUUUGAUAUCCUGAGUGUGGCACUGUUCAUCUUCCUGUACCGGCGAGUCCUUGAUCCUCUUGCUUGUCGGUUAAGGAAGAGAGACUCUAAGGGGCUCACAGAGCUACAGAGAAUGGGGAUUGGACUCGUGAUCGCAGUACUAGCAAUGGUCUCCGCAGGGAUUGUCGAGUGCUACAGGCUCAAGUAUGCCCAGAAGUCUUGCACCCAUUGUGAGGGAUCGAGCUCACUGAGCAUCUUCUGGCAGGUUCCGCAGUACGCCUUCAUUGGAGCGUCCGAGGUCUUCAUGUAUGUUGGGCAGCUCGAGUUCUUCAAUGCACAGGCACCGGACGGGCUGAAGAGCUUUGGGAGUGCUCUCUGCAUGACCUCAAUCUCACUCGGGAACUACGUUAGCAGCCUCCUCGUGACCAUGGUGAUGAAGAUCUCUACCGAGGACCACAUGCCCGGGUGGAUCCCUGGGAACCUCAACAGGGGCCACCUCGACAGAUUUUACUUCCUCCUAGCAGCUCUCACAACCAUAGAUCUAGUGGUGUACAUAGCUUGUGCAAAGUGGUACAGGUGUAUUAAACGCGAAGGAAAAUGCGAACAGGAAGAAGAUGAGGAAGACGAGUUUGAUGUCUAACCAUCUAUGAUCUAUUCGGUCGGAGGGCUGUAAUCCCGGCUUAAAUUAAUAAGAACGGGGAGAGAGGCGGGUUGCUGCAAGAGAAUACUGUAAGAUUCUAAGAGACUUCCGGACAGCUAACGACUAACUGUACCUUCUCUUUAUGCUUUCUUCUAGCAGAACCCGACCGAGAUCUCUUCAAGUAUGUGUUGGUUUGGUUGAAGCUUGAAUGUCAUUUACAUCAACCCUCCUCGGCCCCUAGCUAUUUGCUCAAGAUACAGAACUCAUUUCUUCAGUGCCAAACUUGUAUAAGUCAUGUUAGAUUUACAUGUCCGGAGCCGCUGUUCUUGGCUCGCCUGGCUACACGGCAUACAUACAGAACUUAUCAAUCA